UUCCCGCGCAGCAGCUAGGCCCAAGAUGGCGGCAGGCAGCCGGUGGCUCCGGAGCUGCUGCUCCCUCCUCAGACAAAGCUUCCCUGUUCUGGCCAAUAUUAGGAGACGCUGUCUCUCAGGCACAAAUGGGCGAUGGCAACAAAUGGUGGGCGUGGGAGUGGCCUUAUGCGCAGUCCCAGUCGUGGAGAAACAGAACUCUGCUUCUCUCAGUAAUGAUGCCUUAAUUAAAAGAGCAGUUUCCUUGGUAACAGACAGUACUUCUACACUCCUCUCUCAAACAACAUACGCAUUGAUCGAAGCACUGACAGAGUAUACAAAGGCAGUUUAUACACUGGUGUCUCUCUACAAGCAAUACGCAAAUCUUCUUGGGAAAAUGAAUUCAGAAGAGGUGGAUGCAGUCUGGCAGGUCGUAAUAGGAGCCAGAGUUGAUAUGACAACAAAACAGCAGGAAUACCUAAGGCUGGAAUCCAGCUGGAUGACAGCAUUACGUCUUUCAGAGAUGGCAGCAGAAGCUGCGUAUCAAUCAGGUGCAGACCAAGCCUCAGUGACAGCCCGCAGCCACAUUCAGCUACUGAAGUCACAGGUGCAGGAAGUGCGACAGCUGUCCCAGAAAGCAGAGACCAAGUUAGCUGAAGCUCAAACAGAAGAGCUCAUAAAGGCUCAAGGAGAGGAAUCUUCAUUGCCAGCGGGUAUCUUAGGAAGUACAGAGGCGGGUGAGGACCCUUACCUUCGGGAGGACUGAAGAGAACUUAAGCAUCACCGUAGAACAUGCAGGAGUCAAUCGCAAAUUGAAGGGUCCCAAACUUUUAAGAGUGGGACAGAUUAGCCUGUGAUUCUAUAUUUUCCCCCCAAACAGGAUUGCUUUACCAAUCAAGUCAGUUCAAAGCAUCUGAAAGGCCUUGAUCUUCUUUGUAACUUACCAUGUUUGUAAUACUUAUGGAUUCAAUUAUUUAAAUGUUUAACUAUGCAAAUAUGAAAAUUGCUAUCACAGAUAGCUUGUUGUUAAUUGUGUCUCUGCUGGGAGGGUCCUACUGCUGAUUUGUUAUGUUUCUACGAGCUCUCUUAAGUUAGAGGCUAACUAGGUAUCAGCCAAGUGUAUUUAAAAGUCAUUAUUUUUAACCUGUGAAGUAAAUUAUGUCUGUUAGGAGAUACCUUUAUAAAACUGUGUAAAAGCA